CCCACCAUUGCCGACGUAUCCAUCUUCGUCACAUCACCAUGGUCAUAUCAUGAUCGAUACUACCGUCAAGACCUGGAGAGCCUAGCCGCCAGAGCUAGAGUUGUAGAAGCAGGUUUAGGAUCAAUCCUCGUGCCUGCCGGGAUGGGAGGCGUUGGACUGGAGAGAUCAGUGGAAUCACGGAGCUCGUAACCACAUCGACGGUUGGGCAGCCGUGGAUCAACCCUGGGGAGCGGCAUGGACGACCAACGAUGCUCAAACCCCAUAUCCUCAAUUCGUUAUUGUCGACCAGGGCUGGGUACAUUCCGAUCGUGGUUGAGAAGAAGGACUACAAGAGCUUCGUCAACAUCAACGAACGGUGGAGAGAAUCCUUGAUGAUUCUUAUAGCCAAGGCAACCGGGAUGUCGAGGAGUCGGCAGAGGUCCACGGCGGGCUCGUUGGUCAGCUACAAGGCUUGCAAGAUGUAUCGGAGACGUCGCGACGUGUCCAAGAUUGGCCUCUAGCUAGGUUGGAGAAGUUGGAAAGCCAACUCUGUUCCAUCGCGGAAGCUCUACGAAAGAUUGUGACGAUAACAGUUCCGCAGCUCGCCGUUGAUACGAGCAACAUUGUGACGGGAGGCUCUCUACGGUCAACGACGAGCGAGGUGGAGCCCGAGACGAAGGCAACAACGAACGGAGGUGGCUGCGGGGAUCAAUUGCCACCUAAAGACUCCGGUGAUAAAGGCUUGGUUCAAGU